GACAGCGGGACGUUUGCAGGAAAACACUGACUGUAGCUGCACAUAGAUUGUAGGAAGUCAAAGUCCAGACAGUGGACUUGGAAAUUUUUCUAUCAAAUCCUACCUUUGUACCACUUCAUGUUUAGUUUUGCAUGACCUGCAGGGUGAUGUUGAGGUCUGUAUUUAGGUGCCUUCAGACCAAUCCCGUUGCUGGCUACAGAAGUAUGUCUCAGAGCAGUCUAGCUGGGAAGGUAGCCAUAGUGACUGCCUCCACAGAUGGAAUCGGUCUGGCUGCAGCUCAGGCUCUGGGCAAGAGAGGGGCCCAUGUGGUCGUGAGCAGCCGGCGGCAGGCCAACGUGGACAAAGCUGUGGCGCUGCUGCAGAGCCAGAGCAUCCAGGUGACUGGAACCACCUGUAAUGUUGGCAAGGGAGAGGACAGAGAGAAACUGGUGAAAAUGACUCUGGAUCAGUAUGGAGGCAUUGAUAUCCUGGUGUCCAAUGCAGCAGUCAACCCUUUCUUUGGAAGCAUCAUGGACUCCACAGAGGAGGUCUGGGACAAGAUCCUGGAUGUGAAUGUAAAAUCAGCUUUCCUUAUGACCAAGUUGGUGGUGCCUCAUAUGGAGAAAAGGGGAGGGGGAAAUGUAAUAUUUGUGUCAUCUGUGGGUGGAUACCAACCAAUGACGGGUUUGGGUCCUUACUGUGUGAGUAAAACUGCAUUACUGGGUCUGACCCGGGCUCUGGCCCCUGACCUGGCUCAGAGUAACAUCAGAGUGAACUGUGUGGCCCCUGGAAUCAUCAAGACCCGCUUCAGCUCUGCGUUAUGGCAAAACGAAGACAUGAUGAGUGAGCUCAAAAAGCAGCUCAGCAUUAAAAGAAUUGGAGAGCCAGAGGAAAUUGGAGGAGUGAUUGCAUUCUUGUGCACCGAGGAGGCUUCCUACAUCACCGGAGAGACCAUCACAGUAACCGGAGGGAUGGGCUGUCGACUGUGAACCUCCACGUACAGCAGAACACAUUUGCACUUAAUCGUGUGUUUCUGUAGAGAUUCCGUUUGUGUUUUGAGUGCUUCCCCCUUUUAAUCUGAAGCAUUGGCACAGCACAGCAACAAUAACGCUAGCAUGAGAGCUAUUGUAAGAGGAGACAGAAGCUGAUAUAUUCCUGUGAAGUUUUCUAAUCAAAAUCUGAACUUUUUUACAAAUAGAUUACUCUAAAAACACCAGAAAUGUCCACUUUGGUAGUCUGUAUGAUAGGCUGACAUUCAGUUUCUAGAUAAAUGGGAAGAUGUCCAUUUUUACACUGUGUCAGCAAUCUGAUAAUUGUUGUUUAAGCACAUGAAUACAUGUAAUAUUGCCAAAUCUUAUUGUGGAAGUCUGAUGUAAACAGAUUAAAUGAGUCAAAUGUCAA